CCGGCACCCGGCGCGCGCGGCGGGCCCUCUUUCCCGCCUCUGCGCCCGCCACUCAUCGCUCCGCCGCAGCUCUCGGGCUCCGGCAGGGUCUCGCGCGCCGCCUUCUCGAGAGGGGCCUCGCGCCGCUCGGCGCGCGCCGCCUCCCUGCCUCGCGGCGCGGGGUCUCGUGGGCCCCGCUCCCGCCCUCCGCUCGCCUGGCCCGGACCGGAAGCGGCGCCGCACGGCCUGGGCCUGGCGAGGGGGGCGGGCAUCGGGGCCCGGUCGGACAUGGGCAAGAAGCACAAGAAGCACAAGUCGGACAAACAUCUCUACGAGGAGUAUGUAGAGAAGCCUUUGAAGCUCGUCCUCAAAGUAGGAGGAAACGAAGUCACCGAACUCUCCACGGGAAGCUCGGGACACGACUCCAGCCUCUUCGAAGACAAAAACGAUCAUGACAAACACAAGGACAGAAAGCGGAAAAAGAGAAAGAAAGGAGAGAAGCAGGUUCCAGGGGAAGAAAAGGGGAGAAAACGGAGAAGAGUUAAGGAGGAUAAAAAGAAGCGAGAUCGAGACCGUGUGGAGAAUGAUGCAGAAAAAGACCUCCAGUGUCAUGCCCCUGUGAGAUUAGACUUGCCCCCUGAGAAGCCUCUCACAAGCUCUUUAGCCAAACAAGAAGAAGUAGAACAGACACCUCUUCAAGAAGCGUUGAAUCAACUGAUGAGACAAUUGCAGAGAAAAGAUCCAAGUGCUUUCUUUUCAUUUCCUGUGACUGAUUUUAUUGCUCCUGGCUACUCCAUGAUCAUUAAACACCCAAUGGAUUUUAGUACCAUGAAAGAAAAGAUCAAGAACAAUGACUACCAGUCCAUAGAAGAACUAAAGGAUAACUUCAAACUAAUGUGUACUAAUGCCAUGAUUUACAACAAACCAGAGACCAUUUAUUAUAAAGCUGCAAAGAAGCUGUUGCACUCAGGGAUGAAAAUUCUUAGCCAGGAAAGAAUUCAGAGCCUGAAGCAGAGCAUAGAUUUCAUGGCUGACUUGCAGAAAACUCGAAAGCAGAAAGACAGGACAGACACCUCGCAAAGUGGAGAGGAUGGCGGCUGCUGGCCAAGAGAGAGAGAGGACUCUGGAGAUGCCGAAGCACAAGCCUUCAAGAGUCCCAGCAAAGAAAAUAAAAAGAAAGACAAAGAUAUGCUUGAAGAUAAGUUUAGAAGCAAUAAUUUAGAGAGAGAACAGGAGCAGCUUGAUCGCAUCGUGAGGGAAUCUGGAGGAAAGCUGACCAGGCGGCUUGUGAACAGUCAGUGUGAAUUUGAAAGAAGAAAACCAGAUGGAACGACAACGCUGGGACUUCUCCAUCCUGUGGAUCCCAUUGUAGGAGAGCCAGGCUACUGCCCUGUGAGACUGGGAAUGACAACUGGAAGACUUCAGUCUGGAGUGAAUACUUUGCAGGGGUUCAAAGAGGAUAAAAGAAACAAAGUCACUCCAGUGUUAUAUUUGAAUUAUGGGCCCUACAGUUCUUAUGCACCGCAUUAUGACUCCACAUUCGCAAAUAUCAGCAAGGAUGAUUCUGAUUUAAUCUAUUCAACCUAUGGGGAAGACUCUGAUCUUCCAAGUGAUUUCAGCAUCCAUGAGUUUUUGGCCACAUGCCAAGAUUAUCCAUAUGUCAUGGCAGAUAGUUUACUGGAUGUUUUGACAAAAGGAGGGCAUUCCAGGACUCUACAAGAGUUGGAGAUGUCAUCGCCUGAAGAUGAAGGCCAUACUAGGACACUUGACACAGCAAAAGAAAUGGAGAUUACAGAAAUAGAGCCAGUAGGGUGUUUGGACUCCAGUACUCAAGACAGGCUCAUAGCACUGAAAGCAGUGACAAACUUUGGCAUUCCAGUUGAAGUUUUUGACUCUGAAGAAGCUGAAGUAUUCCAGAAGAAACUUGAUGAGACCACCAGAUUGCUCAGGGAGCUCCAGGAAGCCCAGAAUGAACGUUUGAGCACCAGACCUCCUCCCAACAUGAUCUGUCUCUUGGGUCCUUCAUACAGAGAAAUGCAUCUUGCUGAACAAGUGACCAAUAAUCUUAAAGAACUUGCACAGCAAGUAACUCCAGGUGAUAUCGUAAGCACGUAUGGAGUUCGGAAAGCAAUGGGGAUUUCCAUUCCUUCACCCAUCGUGGAAAACAACUUCGUGGAUUUGACAGAAGAUAUUGAAGAACCUAAAAAGAUGGAUGUUGCUGAGUGUGGACCUGAUGGGAGUUGAGGCUGCCUGGUAUUUGAUUAUAUAUUAUGUACAUACUUUUUCAUUCUUAACUUAGAAAUACUUUUCAGAUGAUAUAAAAUAUUUGUAAAUUGUGUUUUUAAUUAAACUUUGGAACAGUGAAUUUUAAUGUUCCAGAGGUUGGACUUGUAUUAGGUAAUAAAGUUGGACCUGGGA